CCUCAGAGGCGCAAAAGCCCGUCUCUGUGCUCUUCGUCUGCCUAGGCAACAUCUGCCGCUCACCAAUGGCCGAAGGAGUAUUCCGCCACAUCACAAACCACACACGCCCCAACGCACACCCCAUGAUCUCCUCCAUCGACUCCUGCGGCACAGCAGCCUACCACGCCGGCGAACCCCCAGACCCACGCACCCUCUCCGUCCUGAAAUCCCACAACAUAACAUCCUCCUUCUACAAGCACCAGGCGCGUAAAUUCCGCAGCUCCGAUUUCAAAGAUUUCGACUAUAUUUUCCCCAUGGAUGUUGCGAAUGAGGAGGAUCUGUUGAGUUUGAGGAGGAGGUUGAUCAAGAAGGGGGAGUUGAAGGAGGAGGAGGCGGGUGAGGUCAUGUUGUUUGGGGUUUGGGGUGGGAAGGGGAAGGAGGAGGUGGAUGAUCCUUAUUAUGGUGGUAACAAAGGGUUUGAGAUUGCGUAUGAGCAGGUUGAGAGGUUCUCGAAUGGGUUCGUCAAGAUGUUGGAGGAGCGUGGGCAGGGUAGAAACUGAGCGAGAUGCGAACGAUAAGCAGGAACACAGACAUAGACAUAGAGGCACAAAGACAUUGAUACCCAUGCAAGAUAUCAUGACUUUGACGAAGCGGCAGACAGGACAGUCAGUCAUCGAUAAAGGACCAUGAUCAUUUCUCAUCAUUCGUACUGCAUAACGUGUAUCGUAGGAUCUAAAGCAUGCCAUCUAUCACAGCAACAGG